AUGUUCGUGAAGCAGCUCCUCACCAUGGUCUGCUUCUUCUUUAGCCUACUCUUUCAAUGCCAAAAAUCGUCUUCCCAAAGUCUUGACUUCACUUACAAUGGCUUCCGUCCUCCACUGACUGACUUAUCUCUCCAAGGGAUUGCCACCGUCACACCCAACGGUUUAUUGAAGCUAACCAACACAACCUUGCAGAAAACCGCUCACGCUUUCUAUACCAAACCUAUCCGGUUCAAAGAUUCUCCAAACGCUACCGUCUCGUCAUUCUCCACAACCUUUGUCUUCGCUAUCCACUCUUUCGUCCCGACUCUUAGCACCCACGGCAUAGCCUUUGUCGUCGCUCCUAACGCAAGCAUCCAUAACGCCACUGCCAGCCAAUACAUGGGCCUCUUCAACAUCGUGAACAACGGUAAUUACACAAAUCAUGUGUUCGCUGUCGAAUUAGACACGAUUCGGAGUACCGAUUUCAAUGAUCCGGACGAUAACCAUGUCGGAAUCGAUAUCAACAGCUUGACGUCAGUAAAAAUUUCGACAGCUGGAUACUGGGAUGAGAAAGGUCAGUUUAAGAAUCUGACUUUGACCAGUCGUAAGCCGAUGCAGGUUUGGGUCGAUUACGAUGGGCGUACACAUCAAAUCGAUGUAACGAUGGCUCCAUUCAGAAAGGAUAAACCUAGAAAACCGCUUGUUUCUACUGUCAGAGAUCUAUCUUCGGUUAUCUUGCAAGAUAUGUUCGUAGGUUUCUCGUCUGCGACUGGUACUGUUCUGUCGGAACAUUAUGUUCUCGGGUGGAGCUUCGGGGUGAAUGGGAAAGCUCCACCGUUGGCAUUAGCGAAACUUCCGAAAUUUCCGAGGUUUGGGCCCACCAAAAUACAGAGGUUCUACAAGAACGGGAUGCCAGUAAUUGCCCUCUUUAUGAUUCCCCUCUUGUUUAUUUUCUCGGUCAUCUUCCUGGUGCGAUUCAUUGUGAGGAGGAGAAGGAAGUUCGCGGAGGAGCUCGAAGAUUGGGAAACAGAGUUUGCGAGAACCCGAAUGAAGUUCAAGGACUUGUACUAUGCCACCAAAGGGUUCAAGAAGAAUGGCCUUCUCGGAUCGGGCGGGUUCGGGUCCGUUUACAAAGGUGUCAUGCCCAAGACCAAGAAGAAGAUCGCCGUGAAAAAAGUAUCUAACGAAUCCCGACAAGGUUUGAAAGAGUUUUGUCUGAGAUCGUGA